AUGGCUAUAGAAUACAUCAUCUGCUAUAUCGGCGUCUUCAUACUCGCUAUCCUCGGCAGCUACUAUAACAGCAUCUUCCUUGCCUUGCUACAGGAAGUGCACAGCUUAGAGCAUUGGAACCCUUAUUAUGAAACAGAUGAUGAGGAUGAUGGAAGUGACGAGGAUGACGACUCUGCCGGAAGUGAUGAUGAUGAAUCGGAUGACGAAGGCUAUUCUCCUGGGUUGAGUGCAUGCGAAAUAAAUAAACAUUUUCAGAAACAAAAGCUUUUUUAG